GGCCAGGAGGGAGGGAGGGCAAGUGGGAGCCCUCUGCACUUUCACUGCAGUAGGCAAACAAGAGCCUGUGUAUUUUGCUCCCAUCAUUCCCUUUCUGACCAAUCUUUUCAGUUACUAAUUAAUGUUGACGCAGCUCUUUCAGCAGCUCCUGAUAACUCUGGGGUGUUUAUUUAAUCAGGGGCAAGGAGCAAACACACACAAGACUACAGAGGUACUGUCUCCAGCUGCCUCCACUGCCGCAGCACUCCUGGGGUGGGAGCUCUGUCGGGUCUGUCCCAGCCCUGGGGCAGGGGUGGCACGGCUCUGGGCCUUAAUAGGUGAUGGAAGAUUUGGGGGGAGAAGUAACAGAGCAGGGUGCCUGCUUCUCCAGGGGCCUCGCUCCUGCCAGCUCAGACACAGGCAGUUCCCAGCCUCAGCUGCUCCCACCCUUGCAGGAAAGAGCUUUGAUUUGGUGUUGAGAAAGGCAUUCCCACCUGGAAAGCCCUGGUGAGCCACGGGCAGCCACCAGCCAUGGGCUGUUGGGGCAGGACUUCUCCUGCAGCCCUGUCACCCCUCUCCUUGCCCCCGGCCUCAGCUAUGUUGGGGCUGGCAUUGUCCCUGGGUGCAAGCACCAGCCCAGUGUUGCCCUAAAGCUUCAUCCCAUCCCUGUUGAAUCAGCCCUGGGAGACCAGCGCCCUGAGAGGGCACAGGCUUAUGGGGAGGCUGGGGGGAGAAAGGCUGGGCAGCAUCUGAGCUGCUUUCGCUGAUCGGCUGAGACAAAGCUCCCUCCUGCUGCUCCAGGCUUCCAACCACCAGCAACCACAGACCCACCAAGGCUCGGCGAGCUCUCCCCUGGCUGCUGUGCUCGAAGCAUGGCAUGAGGAGACUCCAGGAGAGAGGCUCAUUUGGGUAACGGGGCCCUGGGCAGCCCUUGCAGCCGAGGGCUGAGCAGAGCCAGCAAGGAGAGCUCAGGCAAUGGGGCUGAUCCCCCAGGGCAAGGCUGGGAAUCCCUGCUGUUCCCAGAGCCCAGGCUGCUGGUGCUGGAAACCCCUCUCAAAAAAGCAAAGCAACACUAAAACCAAAGCAAAGCUCAGCUCAGCUCUCUGGGCUUGUCAGGACAAGCCUAAGGGAAUGGUUUGAAUUCUGCCCCCCCCCGCAGGCAGCAGCCUCCUCCGAGGUGGCAAACCCCUCUGCUGCGCUGCGUUGCAACAGCGCGUAUCAUUACCCCUGCUUAAUAAUAAUUUAUCAGGAAAAUCCUUACUGGUUCUGUGCUGAGCCUCUCCCGCAGUACUGUGCCGCUCAGGUCGCCUUGUUUACUGUCCUUUGCUGGGAGCUAAUGUCCCUUUCCUCCGUCUGUCCCUGCGUAGUGGAUUCAGAGAGGAUUAAAAGCGACUCUGUCGCAUCAAAACAUCAACUUGAAUUUAAGUCUCAGUCUGAGCUGGCAACAACCUGGUUUUGGAGCCAAGGAUUUAAGCUGCUCCUCCCAACACGGGCGAGAAGUGCCCAAAGCAUUUCUGCCCUGAGCACGUCUGGCCUGGAAAAAAAGAAAAUAAAAGGGGCCCAGGCUGCCUCUGGUCUUUCUUUUAUCAUGCAAAUCCUGAGCCCACCCGGAAGAGCUGCUCUGAAUUUCCACCCGGCAAAGGGAGCUAUUUACCACCCUGCACUGAUACAAGCAGGUUCCAAACACAGUGCCAGGAUGGCCACAACCUCCCCGUGACCAAGGCCACGGCCACUGUGGUGCCUGGCCCUUUACUUCCACGCCGUGUCCCCUUCACCGGUCGCAGAGGGUCCCAGAGAGACCCCUCUGCAAAAGCAGCGUGGGGGUCCCUGCCCGCCAUGGAGGUGGCCACGGGCUCUGCAGCAGCUUGGGCAAGGGAGGAACACGGACCAUGGGGGCAGCAGGACAAGCCCCACCUCAGGCUGGGGAAGGAGGGGUCUAGGGGGAUGCCAGAGCAUCUGCAGCGAGGAGGGGGAUGCUGCUGCCCAGAGAUGAGCCCCUCCUUACAGAGGCGGCGCCUGCGCGGGGUGACAUCAGCCCCUGAGGACCUGAGAUGCUUGAGCCUGGCUUUGGGAAGGCGGCUCCUGUCACGGUUUCCAGCCCUGCAUCCCGGCAGGGCAAGGAGGGGAGAAGGAGCCGGCAGGCCAGCCCUGCAGCUGGACCCCGGGCCAGCUCCGUCCCCCCUCCUGUGCCCCCCCUCCGGCCACCUCGGGUCCCCCCAGGGAGCGCGGUGGCCCUGCCCGGGUUCUCCCGGGGGGCAGGUGACCGAGGAUGCUGUGCUAGGAGAUGCUGAUGGUGCUCAUCCUGCUCGUCUCCCUCUAUAAACUGUGCCGGUUCUUCGCCAUGUCGGGUGCGGAGAGGUUGGUGGUACCCGAGUGCGUGAGCCAGGCGGGCAGCUGGGCCGGCGGGAGCAGCUCCAGGGACCACCGCGAGGUUUCUCCCGGGGUGAACACCGAUGUGCGGGCAGCCCUGGACCGGAUCCUGCCCGCCCUGCACCGGGCCAUCGCCGCUGCCAAGCAGGCAGCCAGCCCUGUGGAGCUGCGGAGGGCCAUCGCUGAGGUCUUCCAGCUGGUGGAGGAAGCCUGGGGGAUGCCCACGCUGGGGAGGGACGUGGCCAAAGUGCUGUGCGAUGUGAUCCGCCUGGAGGGAGGCCUGGACCUGCUGCUGAACCUGCUGUACACGGCAGAGCUGGAGACCAAGUGCCAGGCAGGAAAACUCCUGGAGCAGAUCCUGGUGGCAGAAAACAGGGAUCGGAUCGCUCGGAUCGGUCUGGGAGUGAUUCUGAACUUAGCCAAGAAGCGAGAUGUUCCCCAGCUGGCGCAGAGUGUCUCCGGUAUCCUGGAGCACAUGUUCAAACACACCGAGGAGACUUGUUUCCAGCUCAUCUCUGAUGGAGGCCUGGAUGCUAUCCUCUACUGGUGCCGCUGGACGGACCCCAUCGUGCUGCGGCACUGUGCCAUGGCCUUGGCCAACUGCGCCAUGUACGGAGGGCAGGCCAACCAGCGCCUGAUGAUCGAGAAGAGGACAGCGGAGUGGCUUUUCCCACUGGUGUUCUCAAAAGACGAUGAACUAAUCCGCCUGCACGCGUGCCUGGCCAUCACGGUGCUGGCCACCAACAAAGAAAUCGAGAAGGAGGUGGAGCGCUCGGGGACGCUGGCUCUGGUGGAGCCGUUCAUCGCCUCGCUGGAUCCGGAGCAGUUUGCCUGUGAGAUGUUGGGCAGCAGUGACAACAGCCAGGGCAGGACGGCGGACGACCUGCAGCGGCUGGUACCCUUGCUGGACAGCUCGCGGAUGGAAGCACAGUGCAUCGCUGCCUUCUACCUCUGCACAGAGGCUGCCAUCAAAACCAGGCAGAAGAAAACAAAGAUUUUCGGUGAGAUUGGGGCUACGCAGAGCCUGAAGAGGGUAGUGUGCUACUCCACCAGCAGCACUACCUCCUCCCUAGCCAAAAAGGUGCUGCGCAUGAUAGGGGAGGAGGUUCCUCGGCGCAUCCUGCCCACGGUUCCCAACUGGAAGCCCUGUGAGGUGCAGACAUGGCUGCAGCAGAUCGGAUUCAACAAAUACUGCCAGAGCUUCCUGGAUCACCAGGUGGAUGGGGACAUUCUCCUGAGGCUGACGGAGGAGGAGCUGCAGGAGGAUUUGGGGAUGGACUCCAGCAUCACUCGGAAAAGGUUUUUCCGAGAGCUGACAGAGCUGAAGACCUUUGCAAACUAUUCCACCUGCGACCGCAGCAACCUGGCCGACUGGCUGGGCGGCAUCGACCCCAAGUUUCGUCAGUACACCUACAACCUGCUGACGUGCGGCAUCAACCGCAACUUCUUGCACCGCGUGACGGAGCAGCAGCUGCAGGAGGACUGCCGCAUCAGCACGGGCUUCCACCGCGUCCGCAUCCUCACUGCUGCAAGGGAAAUGCUUCACUCCCCUAUAACGCUGCAAACUGCGUCUGAUGGGACCGAUGUAUUUAUCAGCUACCGGAGGAGCACCGGGUCACAGCUGGCCAGCCUGCUGAAGGUCCACCUGCAGCUGCACGGCUUCAGCGUGUUCAUCGACGUGGAGAAGUUGGAGGCAGGGAAGUUUGAGGACAAGCUGAUCCAGAGCGUCAUGAGUGCCCGCAAUUUUGUGCUGGUCCUCUCACCAAACGCGCUGGAUAAAUGCAUGGGAGACCCUGAGUGCAAGGACUGGGUGCACAAGGAGAUUGUGACAGCCCUGAACUCUGGAAAGAACAUUGUACCUGUUACAGACCAUUUUGAGUGGCCAGACCCAGAAACACUUCCCAAGGACAUGAGGGCUGUCCUGAAAUUUAAUGGUAUCAAGUGGUCCCACGAGUACCAGGAAGCCACAAUCGAUAAAAUCAUCCGCUUUCUCCAGGGCCGUUCCUCCCGGGACUCCUCGGCUGGGUCGGAGAAUGGCCUGGACUGCUUGCCCUCCCUGGGGCAGAUCUAGAACCAGCACAGCUGCCUCAUCCCUUCCAGAGACUUCCCAGGGGACCCCUUUUUAUGUGGGGCCAAAUUUCUCCCUCUAGAUUUUUCCCCAUCUUAGUACCUUGGCUUGAGACAAGUCCGUGGCCCAUUAGCCCCCCUCCACCCUCCAAAUGCAAGCCCCUGGCGCUAAAAGGCCAGUGCUUACUUACACGGUGCCUGGUGAGCCAAGCCAGGGUGGACCCUGGGGUGGACAAUCUGUCUUCCGCAUCCUCCCUUGGCGGGGCAGGACGUGCCGGCUACGCCUCCCACGCUGCAGGGUGUGCGAGGGAGAACCGCACGGGCCAGACCCCCGCCGAUGGCUGCAGCUUCCCCCAGAAGCGUGUCUGGAGAGGAGGGAUCUUCCGAGGCCCGAAAGCUGGGGAACUGGUGAGGGUUACAUUGCAAGAGGACACGUGAGAGAGAAGAGCACUUGAGAGGGAACGGUCCGUAAGCAUCGUAUGGCCUCUGCUGGGUGCCGCGGGAAUAUCCUUGCAGUCAGAAGCUGACAGCAGGAAAGGGCAAAUAAAAGCUAAGCCCUAAUGAAAUCCCCGUGUUUGGGAAAGAUAACACACAGAGGCCUUCUAAACUGCCCAGCAGCAGCUUUCCCUUUCCAGCAAUGUCCCUUUAUCACAUGAGCUCCCUCCCUCCUCGAGGGCCUUUCACCUCCUUAAUGCUGCAAACGCUCCUUGUGGUCUCAACUCUGGCGAUAGAAGUUUGGGGUUAGAUCACGUGAAGUUUCCGCAGGGUCUUUGCAAGAAGUGCUUUUAAAUCAACUCCCUUCCGUCCACCUGAUGUCUCAGCUUUACCGCUUUAUCAGGUCUGUACUGGGCACGGGAGGCCGGAUUGUGACUCUGGAAAACAUAUAGCCAUGCACAUACCGAAGCUGUUAAUUGCUGCACUGUACUGGUGGAGUUGUUAUACACUGGCUGUACUUUAUUCUGCUGGUGGUGCCCCACAGCAGCUCUCCCGUGGUCUGCUCCUUCAAAGAGGAGCUGGCGGACUCUCUCUGCUGACUGCCACUCACCCCCGAGAGCCCUGCCUCAGCUCCGGGCUGUCCCUGCUCCCUGCUGGAUGCAAUACCACGCAGCAUUUGUUUCUUUCUACUGAUGUCUUCUCAACGCCCACCGGGCCUUUUUGUAGCUACUCACCUUGAAAUGUCAGGAAAGAGCAAAGGUGAUGCAAAGGUGAUGCAAAGGGCAGGCGGAGGCUGCUAGGCGUGAGCACCGGCUGGGAGCAGGACUGGCAGCACGGGCACGCUGACACACCUCCCCUAAAUUCUGCACUCCCACCUGCCUGGGGCGUGAGCAGGCUCUUAACGAUGUGCCGUUUUGCAACUGGGACCAGAAAUUGCAACUCCUACCCGAGCUUGUCUGUUUUGAUGCAGAGCAAAGUGAAUAAUGCAAAAAGACAUCCUUGUUCAGAGCACAGGCAGAGGGAAGAGCAAGCCGUGCCCAGGGAACACCAGCCUGCCCUGACGCUCUGGCUCCAGGCUGAUGCACCACCCUGCAGAAGCAGCAAGCUCCUUUGCCUGUCCCUGCCCGGGAUAACCCAGCCCCUUCAGGAGGUAAUGAGUCUCAGUCCCCUCGUCGUUAUCCUGGCUCUCCCCAAAGCCUCACUGCCUGCCUUAACUGGCAGGAACACAAACACAUUUCCUUUUGGCUUAGAUCCAUGAACAUGUGAGGGGGAAAAAAAAAAGAAAGUUAAAUUCUGGUGCUUAAUCACAGCUUUAUGGAUAGUUCUUAUCAGCUCACAGUUAAUGGCAUCUUUGCUUGCCUGUGAAAGGUUAAUAGCUACAUCUGCCCAGCAUUCAUCAAAUUGAAUCUAUCUAAUCUCCGGGUUAAAUAGGAGGAAGCCAGCAGUGAGCCCAAAGGUGAAUCUGCCAAAUGAUAAAAACCACUUUUGAGCUGCUUCAGGGAAAAAUCUUGUGUAACUGAUUGAAUGUCAAGGCCUCCAUGGCCACUGGAGGAGUCCCACACAAACAGUCAUAAGGACUUUUCUCCCUCUGAUAAUACACAGUAGGAUUAUUGCAUCUUGUUUCCCAGGAGCUCUCUAACAAUUAACCUCCUCACCCAGCAUUCAGUGUAGAGAUUUACUUGUUCUCUACAGCUCACCUGCAGUGAGAUCCCAUCUCAUGCUCCAGCUGCCUAGCCUGUGACUCUUCCUGUUUCCCCAUCAUUCAGCUAUCUUCACCUCAAUGAACUCGCCCUGCUCUUGACAAAACAUCCCAUGCCCAGCCCCUUCCAGCCUGAGUCUCAAGGAAAUGAAUCCCUCUGUUCCCACCCUUCCCUAUUCCUUUGCUAUGUCAUGUCAGAAGGUGUUUAAAGUUGUUCUAUCAGACGUUAUUAAUAAACCUGGUUUAUACGCUAAA